AUGAUUGUGGAAACUCUCGUUAAGGCUACUAUCUUCGCCGUCGCAGCUAUGGCGGCUAAUGUUCCCGUUAGAGACACGGAUACUUCCAUCGGCUUCCGCCUCUGGGCCAACAUGACCUACCCCGAUGCCCCACCGGAGUUUGGCCCUUAUGUUCAGGGUCAAGAGCUCAGCCACAUCCCUAAAGCUGAGUGCCUGGCUGAAGUGGUUCUUGUACACGCCGGCCAUGGGUCCAUCUUCCGCACCAAUGGCGACACUGUUGGCGUUGCCCACCUCGGUAACGACUCCUCCCCCUUUGCCGGAAUGGUCAUCACCCCUGGCGGUACUGCAACGGUACCGUCCGAAAACACCGUGGAACUGAAGUGCUCGGGCGGAACUCGGGGAGUCUUUCUCACGGCCGACGGCCUGGAAUAUCCAAAGGAAGGCGGCCCAAAGGGCAAAGGGGGCCGGCGGAUAUAUGGUGUGCAAAAGGGAGAACGCCUUGGUUUUGAGCUUCUUUAG